GUUGUCAGCUGACUGAGACGGCCGCAGAUUAGCGGGGACGGCCGUCGGUUGUGCAGGCUCCGCGGGGGCGGAAGAGCUCUUGCGGCGCGUCACUGUCGGGUCGGGGAGGCGCGGGAGCCCCGCAACGCGAUGGCGACCACUGUCAGCACGCAGCGCGGCCCGGUGUACAUCGGUGAGCUGCCACAGGAUUUCCUCCGCAUCACGCCCACGCAGCAGCAGCAGCAGGUCCAGCUGGAUGCCCAGGCAGCACAGCAGUUGCAAUACGGGGGUGCGGUGGGCACUGUGGGCCGCCUCAGCAUCACUGUGGUGCAGGCAAAGCUGGCAAAAAAUUACGGUAUGACGCGCAUGGACCCUUACUGCCGCCUGCGCCUGGGCUAUGCUGUGUAUGAAACGCCUACGGCCCACAAUGGUGCCAAGAACCCUCGCUGGAACAAGGUCAUCCAAUGCACGGUACCCCCCGGUGUGGACUCAUUCUAUUUGGAGAUCUUUGAUGAGCGAGCCUUCUCCAUGGAUGACCGCAUUGCCUGGACGCACAUCACAAUCCCUGAGUCCCUGAAGCAGGGCCAAGUGGAGGACGAGUGGUACAGCCUGAGUGGGCGGCAGGGCGAUGACAAGGAGGGCAUGAUCAACCUGGUCAUGUCCUACACAUCACUGCCUGCUGCCAUGGUGAUGCCGCCCCAGCCUGUGGUCCUGAUGCCAACGGUGUACCAGCAGGGUGUUGGCUACGUGCCCAUUGCAGGAAUGCCUGCGGUCUGCAGCCCUGGCAUGGUGCCUGUGGCGAUGCCCCCACCAGCUGUGACUGCACAGCCUCGCUGUACAGAAGAGGACCUGAAGGCCAUCCAGGACAUGUUCCCCAACAUGGACAAGGAGGUGAUCCGCUCUGUGCUGGAAGCCCAGAGAGGAAAUAAGGAUGCUGCCAUCAAUUCCCUGUUACAGAUGGGCGAGGAGUCCUAGACCUGCCUGUUGCCCUUGGACUCGCCACCCUGGGUUCCCGGCGUCAUCAUCCCAAUAAGAUUCCUGUGAACCACCACCUGUACCCUCUUCCUCAGACACCUGUGUGGCCCUCCCCACCUGUUCUCGGGGUGCAUGUGGGUCUCAGUUCCCAGCAGCCGUCUUGACUAGCAGUGGAGUGGACAGCUCCCACCUCAGCUUGGGUUAGGCUAUGGUGGCAUGGCCGUUUCACACACUGCACAGACCCACACACCUGUUGCUGGGGAUGUGCAUCUCUUUUCUCAUACUGUUCUAGGAAGCAUCCUUUUAGAAAACAGUCCCCUCCUCCAGGGCGUUCAAAGUUGUUGAGAGUCUUUCUGAGGUGUCAAGGGACACAGGGUCACUUGGCCUAUUUCAGGUGGACCUAGUGACUCAGGGCACACAGACCCAUGUGCACUGAUUUAUGGGUUGCAUUUAGAGAUCUCAAGUGAGUGUCUGUGUCCCGCCCUGAUAUUGUUUAGAGAAUGGGCCCCCUGCCUGGCUCCUCUGGCCACGUAGCUGGCCAGCCUCUGCCUUGACCGGGUCCUGCAGGCUGCUCUGUCUCCUGCAGACUGUGCUGGCUCCGCAGGCCUUGUCCCAGCUUCUCUCCCCAACAGGCCCUGGGCUGGCACUGUGUUUACAGACAGUGUUGGGGUGCUGUCCAUGCUGUGCACCAGUGCUGUCCAGGUGGGGGACAGGAGAAACUCAGUGAAUGUUCACAUUGGAAACUGCUGAGGCUAUGCUGCCUGCACCUGGCUGCCUGGUCACUGCUGUUACCUCUUGGGCUGCAAACAGAUUUAGGGGUAGAUGGGCAAUACCGUGUUGUAAGACUGAGCCUCGCGGGCAUCUCAGAAGCAACGCAUCUCUAAGUGGGAUGUACACCGUUGGGAAGCCUGUGCCCUGCACGUCUUGGUGUGCUAUUCCAAGUUGAGUUGCAGGUGCUUCUCAUUCUUGUGUUUGUACCCAGUCACUGGGCUUAAGAGUCCACUGACAUGGGCGUGACAGCCCUGACGUUUUGGACUUAUUUGAAUGAUUCAGAUUGAGGAAGUUAGUGCUUAAAUUUCAGUCUGUUUCCCCUCUAAAAAGAUAGGGAAAAUUUUAAUGUCAGCUACAAAACAUUACUUUCUACCACCAAUUGGGGGUGCUUUUUGUCAAAUAUAUUGUUCAUAAAUAUUUAUUUUUGUAAACUGAAGAAUGGGGUGGUGGUACAGAUGGGAUGGUGGCAUGGGGUGCUUUUCUUUAGUUGUGAAUUGUUAAGGCUUUUAAUCUCGUAAUAGAGAAGAAAGACACCAAUGUUUGUUAAGUAGAUUUGACCUCUCACUUUAACAAGCCAGUCCCUGGGAGUUUUCAUUCCAAGCUGCAGAAUGAUCUUGUGCACGUAGCAGGCUCUCAUCCCUGGGGACAGGUAUGUUGCAGAAUGGGGCGUUCCCCGGGGCUCUGUUAGGGCUGUCAGACAGCCCAGGACAGCACGAGCCUCCUGCACUUGCUCCCAGGUCCAGAGGAGGCUGCCAGUGCCUGGCCUCUGCCUUAAUGUUGCUGAGGUGCCAGCACUGCCCCCUUCUUGUGCAUGGCUCUGGGGAGCACGCACUGGAGACGCCUGCCACCCUGGAGCAGCUGCCGUGGUGGCCCAGGGAGGCAGCACUUGCAUCAGGGAGCCAUCGUUUCCAGAUGAGCCUGAACGUACUAUGGUUUGUUUCCUUUUGCCUGAACAUUUUAUUUUUUUAAUAGAUCAAAGACAGAUCACAUUUUAUAAGGCCUUAGUCAAAUAAGAUCCUUCAUCAUUUUGUGCUGCUUCCUAUUUGAAGCCUGUCAUGUUGCAGCCUGUGUAGUGUGGUGGGAGGAUGCAGGGUUUCAGUGCCUGCUCAAGAGCCUAAGGUUCACCUGAGUGUCAGUAUGAUUCACUCAGCCCACUGUCAUGACUUUUGUCCAGUUUGGAUAAAAGGUGGUAACCCUUGGAAGGAGUGGUUUGUCCCCAGCUCAUGGACACAGGCCGCAUUGGAUGAGGUAGGUAUAGAUGGGUUUCACCGCUGCUGCUGUCCUCCUCCCUGCAGAGUCAGCUAGCAGAGCCCCAGGGGUGGGUAGUGGGAUCAGCCUUCCUGGGGCAGGUGUCAGGGCAGGGUGUGGGCUGCUUUCUUCUAGGCAGAUGCUGGUUGGACUUGGAGACCCCAGGGCAUUGUGGUCUGAUGUGACCUCCAGGUCUGUCUCACCCUGUGAGUGAUGAGAGAAGUGCUCACGGGGUUUCGUUCAUCCCCUCUCCAGACUGCCUCUUUCUCUUGUGACUCUUUGGCAUUUGCUGAUGCGUGUGAGGUGGGUGUUGGUGGGAGUGAUUCUCAGAACUUUUGUGUUCCUGGUGGUUGUGUUUAGAGGGGGUCCAUGUCCAGAGUUUUCUUCGAUUGUAAAAUACAUUUCUACUUUAAAGCCUUCUAAUUUAAUAUGUGGCCCAUAUGAAAAUAGAGAAAUAAAGUCCCCUAAGGGAAAGUUUA